AUGUCAGAGCUGGCCUCAGUUCAAUCGGCCAGCAAUGGCAGUCCGCCGGCGGAUGAUCUCGAGCAGGAACUCGACAACUUCCUGCAGCCGUUGGCUAUCGAUGACUCACUGGUCCACAAUUUGGCCUAUCAAUUCUCCAAGGUCUACGAAGAGCUAGCCUUGCACUCGGAAGAACAAUUUCUGCCCACUCCGGUGACGAAACUACCCUCUGGCCGGGAGACUGGUCAAUUUCUCGCCAUUGAUGUCGGUGGCACCAACCUGCGUGUUGCCUUUAUCGAAUUGCUGGGCGACGCCGCCACAGAGGAACGCCUUCCCACCGCCAAUGGCGCGGAACGGUCACGUGAGACCAUCCGGAACGCACAGCGACCUCGAGUACGUCGGACGCUGGAGAAGGCAUGGCCUAUUGGAGAGCACCUGAAGAUGGACAAGACCGAGGAUCUCUUCGCCUGGAUCGGGGAUUGUAUCGCCGAGGUCGUGGGUGAUAGGCUCAGCUCAGAUAUGGGCAAAGUCCCUGUCCCGGAAGAAUUGGCCAUGGGCAUUACUUUCAGCUUCCCCAUGAUCCAGACCGAACUCUCAUCUGCGACCCUAAUGCCAAUGGGCAAAGGGUUCACCAUCAGCUCGGAUCUGGACCUAGGGUCGACUUUACUGCAAGGAUACGCACGACACACUCGACGGCAGUCGCCCACAAGCUCCUCACCUCGAACAAAGAGAAGGAGACUUGGAUCACUACCGCGACUGAAGAUCGCAGCAAUCACCAACGAUACCAUUGCCACUCUCGCCUCGCUUGCUUAUACCGUCAAGUCGCUGCCCAAUUCGCGGGUUGCGGCAGGAAUUAUCGUCGGUACUGGGUGUAACGCCACAAUUCCCAUGCCAUUCUCGAAACUGGGCGAGGCCAAGGUCGAAUCUAUUCGAAAGAACAAGCCUGAUGCUACCGAGACGGUAGUCAACACGGAGAUUACGAUUGCAGGAGCAUGCGGACCUCUGCAAGCAGUCACAACAGAAUGGGAUCGCCAACUGGAUGCGGCAUGUGCCCGACCAGGCUUCCAGCCGCUUGAGUACAUGACAGGAGGCAGGUAUAUAGGCGAGCUGAUCCGGCUCAUAUUUUUUGAUUAUAUGACCAGAGCGCACAAUCCGCCCGUUUCCUCCGCUUCAUUGCCCGCCACGAUUGUCCACAGUUACAGCUUCACCACGACGUUCGUCAGCGCAGUGGUUGCACGAGCACGGACAGAUUCCGAACUGGCGGGCGAGUUGAAGCGCCGGAUCCCUCCGCCCGAAUCUUCGAACUGGGGCUGGACGCCGCACUCGGCCGGGGCGCUGCGAAAGAUCGCGCAUCUCGUCCAAGUCCGCUCUGCAGGGCUGAUUGCUGCUGCAACAGUCGGCCUGCUCACCACAGUAGGUGAGAUCGCACUGACCGAACCCGGCAGCCCUGCAUCACUACCGGAUGCGGUCAUGACAGCGGACAGCAAACCGCCGUCGCCCAAGCCCAACUUUGCCACUUUGGCGGACGAUGCUCGAGAUGGAUUGUCGCCGGUGCCCGGUGCAACGGCGUGGAAGUCAGGGCCAGAGGAAUUGGUGGUCGCUUACACGGGAGGGAUCAUCCAACAUUAUCCGAAUUUCAAAGAACAAUGUCAACGAUUCAUUGACCGACUUGUGAUGAGGGCUGGACCCCAGGAUGGUGGAAAGAGUGUGUUCCUGCGAGAAUCAAGGGACGGCGGCAUCAUUGGGGCCGGCGUUUUGGCCGGCAUGGAAGCGAGCGAGCACCAGACGACGGGGUCGUAG